GAGAGUUCGGAUGACCUUGAAAAACCCCAAGUAAAAAUAUCUGCUCUUGAAAAUGAUGAGAAAUUAGAUCUUGAAACAUCUUUGACUAUAGCGGCAGAGGUUGGCAAUGCAUUACUGAAAGAAAAUGAAGAAAAAAAGAAAGAGCUACACGAUUUGAAAAUGCUAAUGAAUAACUUGCACACCGAGUGUGAAGAUAAAAUCAAAAAAAUUGAAGAGAUGAAUAAACUAAUUUUAGAAGAUAAAGACUCUGAAUUGAGAGAAAAAAUAUUGGAAAUAAAAUUCAAGGAUAAUAAAUUGAAGAAAGAAGUAGAAAUAAGAAAUAACUUAUGUUUAGAAUAUGAAGAAAGCAACAGAAACACAGUUAAUAAAAUGUUAAAACUAGAAGCCGCACUAAAACUUGAAAAAUCUCUACAUGCAAAACAGAUCUCAACAAACAAGUGCUUAUUAAAAGAUUUAAAAACAAAGGAUAUAACACUGGAGAAACUUAAAAUGGAAUCUAAUAAUCUCACUGUCACAGAAAGUAGUCAAAGUACAGGCAGUAAGUUAUGUUGCCACAGGAGUAAUCAGAGUGAGAUGAAACAAGCAAUUGAAAUAAUGGAACAAAUAAACCAAGAUCUGGAGGAUAAAAUCAAGAAUGAAAAGGGUAAAAAUGAAGUCUUACUUGGAAAAAUAAUAUCACUGGAGAAGCAGUUAAGUGAAAAAUCAGCGGAAAUGCUUCAUCUGCAGAGUACAAUUGCCAAAUUUUCAUUGCCUAAAAAUAACACCUUUCCAAAAGUUCUAGUUAACAAUAGCUCUCAGACUAAUCAGGAAAAAAAGGAAAAAAAGAUCACUAAAAUUAAUUUGGAUAUGUAUGAUAGAAUAAAAUGUCUACAGGAUGCCUUAUUAGAAAAAAAUCAGUUAAUAUCAAAUAUAGAAAAUAGCAAGAAUAGCAUAAAUGAAUCUGAAAGCAACAUAAAUUCAGUGAUUGGGAAAAAUAUACAAGCAGGGGAGGUUGCAACCUUGACAAUUUUGAGCGACAGUCAUGGCAGACAUUUGAACUAUCAUUUAAAAAAAAUAAACUCAACUGUUAGUGUGAAAAGUUGUGUAAUACCGGGAGCCAACCUGGAUAGAGUGAUGAGUGGUGCUAGUGACUUAGUAAAAAACAGAAACAACUUUGUAACACUAAUUGCAGGGGCCAAUGACAUUUAUAAUGGACAAAUUAAUACAUUUUUGAAAAACCUAAGACCUGCAGUAAUGGCUCUCAAGCCUUGUAAAAUCCUAAUUGGAACGAUACCAUUCAGACGUGACUUGGCUCUUCAACACCAAAUCAACGAAGAUAUAAUGAGAGCUAAUCUAUAUAUCCAUGAGCUAUCCCAUUCAAUUCCUGGCGUCUAUUUUCUAGAUUUGACAGGAUUAUCAAACUGUGGUUAUGAUGCAUCAGGAAUACAUCUCCUUAAGUUAUAAAAUAAACAAAUUGAUCUCAAGGACUAACACAAGCUCAACUGCGAUAAACUCAACUGCAAUAUACUCAAUUCCGGAAACAAAGCACAUCACAAU